GGGAGCACUGGGAGCACCCUGGGCUCCCCCCAGGCAUAGCCCCACCCGCAACCCCUGGGGGGGCCCCGACCCCCCCCCCCGAUGCCGUCCCCAGAGGCCCCCCCAGCCCCCAGUGUGAGCGUAGUGGUGGUGGUGGGCGGGGCCUGUGUCCUGCGCUACGUUCGCCCCGCCCCCCCCCCACGGCCCUCCCCCCCAGGCCCGCGACCCCCCGCAUGGGGGGGGGGCAACUGGGGGGACCCUGGGACAGGGGAGCUGGGACCCCCCCGGAUCCGGGGACACGACGGGGACCUCCUGUUGCUGCUGCGGAGCCUGGGUCCCGGGGCCCCCCCAGAGCCCGUGGCUGUCACCAGCUUUGUCGGCCCUGAACCCCGUGACCUCCUGCCUGCUGCUGACAUCAACUGCGCCAGGGAAGGGGCAGAAUAUGGCCUGGCCUGGCCACAGGCCAUGGGGGGCUCCCCCCCAUUUGCAGUGGAGCUGCCCCGGGGGCCAAGGGGCUUCGGGUUCAGCCUGCGGGGGGGCAGCGACCUCAACAUGGGGGUCUACGUGCGGGGGCUGCGCGAGGGGGGGCCAGCUCAGCGCUGCGGCCGCAUCCAG